CGGUAGCUUCGCGACCACUCAUCGUUCGGUUGCCGUUGGAACGCGUGUUACAGUGAUGGAUUACUACUACAGCCUUGUGUCGCCCCCGUGCCAGAGUGCAAUGCUGGUCGCGAAGAAGCUCGGGCUUACGCUAAACCUCAAGAAAACGAACGUGCACGAUCCGGUUGAGCGGGAUGCACUUACCAAGCUUAACCCGCAACACACCAUCCCGACGCUGGUCGACAAUGGGCACGUCGUGUGGGAAUCGUACGCGAUCGUGACGUAUCUGGUGGAGGCCCACGGCAAGGAUGACUCGCUCUACCCGAAGGAUCCGAAGGUGCGCUCGGUUGUGAACCAGCGACUGUUCUUCGAUAUCGGCACGCUGUACAAGCGGCUCAUCGACGUGGUGCAUCUGGUGAUGAAGAAGGAACAGCCCACCGACGAACAGAUGGAAAAGCUGAAGAGUGCCAUCGAGCUGUUGGAACACUUUGUCACAGAACGCUCGUAUGCGGCGGCCGAUCAUCUGACGGUGGCGGACAUCUGUCUGCUGAGCACGGUGACCGCAUUGAACUGGCUGAAGUACGAUCUGGAACCGUUCCCACACAUUCGGGCGUGGAUUGCGCGCGUUACCGCCGAAAUUCCUGACUACGCUACUUUCCGCAAGGAUGCGGAGCAGGCGACCAAGGAGUUUAUGGCCAGUCGGAAGUGAGGACGGGAGGGGGUUUACAGUAGGUUGUGGUGGUUGUGGGAAGAGCCGGUAGAGGUUGGCAAUAGAGAGUGAAAAUUGUAUUCUUUCGUGCGAAUGGGGUUGAUGUGAGGUGGAUGUAUCACAGUGAGUUGGCAUUUUCAGAGGUUGAGCUACUGGCAGGGGGGUUGAGCCGAGCCGCGAUACAUUGGCAGAUUGAUGCAGGGCAACUGAGGAGGCUACCCCGGCUACUAGUCAACGCAGUCUCAACAAGUAAAGUACCCUGGACAUUCUAGGGUCACACGUACUCUUACGUUAGCUUUUGAAUUGUCCAAUUUUAGAUGGUACACUCAAACGGUUGAAACUUCGUGGUCGUGGAUACGAAAUUGCACCACUAUACAAUAGACUGUUUUUGACGCCGUCAGCCCUUUCUCACGAGCUCCACUCCGAGCAAUUAGCAGCGACCUUGGUCAUCAAAAUAAAUGUUAACGGCCUCAACGA